AUGAGGCGCGAAGACGGGCGCGGGGAAGGGCGCGUAGCGUCCCCCCAGCAGGUGCAGCACGCGCACAAGGGACGCAGCCUGCCGAGCGUGCGGAGCGUGUCGGCGGGGCUGCUGCCGUCGUUCCGCGCCAUCUCCAGCUACCUCCGCCAUGUCUCCUCCUCCGCCGACUCCCUCGUCGCCUCCGCUGUCCGCUCCGCCUCCGCGUCGGUCGCGGCGGCCAUGGCGCCGAGUGACGAUAGCCAGAACAAGGAGCAGGCGUCGUCCCGCGGCGCGUCCGUGCCCGUGUCCGGCACGCGCCACGUGCUCCUCGUGGCGUACACCACGGGCUUCCACGUGUGGGACGUGAGCCAACCACACGCCGUGCAGGAGCUCGUCUCGCGACGCGACGGCCCGGCGGACUCGCUACAUCCCAUCCCUUACGUCUCUAGAAUCCCCCCGGAUAGUCCGCUGCGCGACGCGCACCCCGUGCUCUGCGUCGUCUGUCCCCCUGCCGCCGCGCUUCCGCCUCUCUCGGCCGCAGCCUUGGGAUCUCCGGGCUUGUCCGCGCAAUUUCCGUACCUGGACGAUGAUGAACCGUACGCUGACGUGGCGGACGGGGUCGACGAGCCGUACGCGUGCGGAGAUGAAACGGGCGGCGAGCAGAGCGUGCUGCGGUUCUACUCGAUGCGGAGCGGUUCGUAUGUGCACUCGAUUGUGGUGGCGGGGCGGGUGAUGGGCGUGAGGAGCAACCGCAACGUGCUGGCAGUGGCUGUCACGGAGCAGGUGGGUGGUGGCUUCUCAGCUAUCACUUUCCCCCCUCCUUUUCCCUGCUUCACAACCCCCCGUUCUCCUCCUCCACUAUCCCCCCUCUCUUUUCCUCCCCUUCUUCCCCUUCUCCCACCCGCCUCAACCCCUCCCCCUCCACCUCCCCUCCUCCUCCUUCUCCCCCAGGUGUACAUAUACGAUCUACCAUCGCUGCGCACGGCAUUCAGUGUGCUCACGCACCCGCACCCCCUCCCCUCCGCCCUCCCCGGCAUCACCCGCACGUCCCCCCACGGCGCCCUCGCCCUGGGCGCGCGCUGGCUCGCCUACCCCGCCAACCAGCCCCCCGCCCCCCCCGCCUCCGCGCCCCUCCCCUCCGCCUCCCCCUCCUCCGCCGCUGCUGCUGCAGCAGCGGGCGCGGGGGCAGCACUGGUGGGCAGCGCAGGGGUGGUGGCGCAUUAUGCCAAGGAGUCAGGGAAGCAGCUGGCGGGGGGGAUAGCCGCCCUGGGAGACCUGGGGGUGCGGGCGGUCGGCAAGUAUUGGACGGACAUGGUGGCGGAGCCUGCCAGUGGCUCAGGUGUUUCCAGCGCGUCAGGUGCUUCAGGUGCUUCAGGUGGUUCAGGUGGUGCGGCGGGGUCGGGGUUUAUGUGGAGCAGCAGGAGUCCGGAGCACAUGUUUGCACCCGACUCACCACAGGCAUCCGUGUCUGGGGCAUCUGUAUCAGGAGCGUCUGUCUCGGGAGCAUCAGUGUCAGGGCUAUCGGUGUCGGGGUCGUCAACAGAUGGGUAUGCGGACGCGAGUCCCAGGGCAGCAGCAGUGCACUCGCCCUCACCACCGCAGCUGCCCUCCAUGCCACCUGUCGACCCCGGCCACGCUGGCAACGUGAUGGUGCGGGACGUGGCGACGAGGGCAGUGAUAGCGCAUUUCAAGGCGCACGGCAGCGCCAUAGCACUGCUGACCUUUGACAGCUCGGGCACGCUGCUGCUGUCCGCCUCGCACGCCGGCCACUCCCUCAACAGUGCAGCCAUCUCACACGACAGCAAGUGGGUGGCGGUGUCAUCAGCGCGAGGCACCACACACCUCUUCGCCAUCUCCCCUUUCGGAGGCCCCGUAGGCCCAGCCACACACCUCCCCUCCGCGCCCUCGCCCACGCUCCUCCACCCUGUAUAUACCCACACGCCCUCUCUCCUCCCCCCGCCCCCCCCGCGCCCCUGGUGGUCCGCGCACGCCCCCCUGCGCGCGUCCCCCGCGCCUCCGCGCGCCCCUCCGCGCAUCCCUGCGCCAGUAGCACUCAGUUCAGUGGGGCGAAUUCGGAAUGCCAACAGUGGGUGGCGGGGGAACGUGACAGGCGUGGCAGCGGCAGCAGCGGGACUAGGGGGAGAGAUCCCAGGCGCUGUUGCUGCUGCUUUCCACUUCGGGGGGGUGCCAGGUGGUGGGGGGUUUGGAACGGUGGGAGGGAGUGGGGUUGGUAGGCACCAGCAGCACCAGCAGCAGCGGCAGCAGCAGGUAGUUUCCGGGCAGUUUUUCGGGCAGCCGGACUGGGCUCCGCAGCCAAUAGCAGAGCAGCUGUGGGUGUUUUCCCCGUUGGGCCACCUGAUACGCUACCACCUCACUCCCUUCGCCGCUGCUGCUGACCGCUCCUCCUCGUCCUCCUCCUCCUCCCCCUCGCACGCCCACAGCAGCCCCAUGCACACACCCCACUCGUCGUACACCCACCACCCACACCAGCAGUACACGAGCCACACCUAUGACCCCAGAGGCAUGUUCAUGCCUCCGCACGCCAUGGGUGCCCAUAGCAGGGCAGGCGGCAUGCACGCUAGCAUGGGCGCUAUGGGCUCCGCCCCUGCUUUCCCCCCAUACUCCCCCUUCCCCCCCGCGCCCCCCAUGGCGCAGUCCGACUCGUCUGUUCUAGGGGGUCGCUCGUUUGAGCGUCUGCCGUCUCUCCCCACCCUGGCGCUGCGCUCCGCUGCUGCUGCCGCGGGGGUGAGGGGUGUGGGGGGAUUGGGGGGCGCGGGGGGCGGUGCAGCGGGGGAGGUGGUGGUGCGGGUGGCGGCGGAGGCGAGUGAGGUGUGGGAUGUAUGCCGGCGCAGAGUGGCAGCAGAGGAGGAGCAUGAGAGGGCGUAUCUGAUGCAUGCGGAGGUGCAGCUGUCCACCAGCCGAGCCACGCCCCUGUGGGCGCGCUCCUAUGUGCAGCUACAGCCUGACGACCCUCCGGCCCAGCAACAGCUAAAGCACCCACUGGAUAGCGGCGUUAACAGCACCCAGUCAGCACUGCCAGGCACCACCACCCCUGCACCGCUGGCCUGUGAGCCACCCCCUGUGCGCCCACCUGCUCCCCUUGCCGCUGGGGACUUCCCCCCAUUCUUCCCCUCCUCUGCCAGUCCGCCCACACUCGAGGGCUUUCCACAGGCAUGUGCGGAGCAGCAAGCUCAGCCGCACUUGGGGUCGCACAUGGGGAUGCAUGUGGGGGUGGAGCGUGGCAGUGGGGCCAUGCAUGCCCCCAGACGCACCUCCGCCCUGGGUGGCCUGCUCCGCCACUCCACCACUGCUAUUCCACUGCUCCCACAGUCACUCUCACCCACAGACACAGCCACUGCCGCAGCCGCAGCCACUCAUCUUGCAGCAGCAGCGCCAGCAGUGUCUGAAGCAGACCUCCCAGGUGCUGCUAUUGCGGCUGGGUCCCUGGGUAGCAGCAGCAGUGUGGUAGGCGCAGGGAGCAGGGCAAGGGGGCAGGCGGCGCAGGAGGCGCGGACAGGGCUGGGCGUGGCACUGGAGCAAACCAGGGGGAUGGGAAGCCGAGGGCAGGCGCAUGGGGGAAUGGUGCAGGGCGGUGGGGGAGGGCAUGUGGGGGGUGCUGGGGAGUGGAUAGCGGUGGAGCCGGGGGGAGGAGCAGCAGCAGCAGGAGGGGAAGAAGGGAUGGGAGGUGUGAUGGGUGUGGGUGGAGGGAUGGGGGCCACAGGCGGGAGAUUGGGUGCUGUGGAUGAGGAGGGGGGCAUGGGGAACGACUCUGGUUGGAUGCGAGAUAGAAGGGCGGCUCAAGAGGGGGCUUACAGUCAAGCAAGUGGGUUAGUGGGACCUGUUUCCAGGGCGAUGGAGGAAGGCGGGGGGGAGGGCGAGGAGGGGCGGGUGGGGUUUGAUAUGAGUGGGAGGCAUGGCGGCGAGAGAGGAGAGUCAGAAGGAGUGUUUGCGUUUGACGACCCGUGGCUUGGUGACCACCCGCACACUCUAGGUGAGUGA